UAAAGAAAGAAAGAAAAAUCAAAGAACUAUCUAAGGCCCACAAUACACAGAAACAUCUAUAUAUUACUAUUAUUAUUAUAUUAAGAAUACAUUCUCCUUUCAAUAUCUACCUAACCUUUUUUGCCCUUAUUAUUACUCUUACGAUACUAUAUAUAUAUAUAUAUAUAUAUAUAUAUAUAUAUAUCAAUUAAAAGAACAAACAAAAGGGUCCUGACGACAAUUCACCCAAAGAACAAAAAAAAUCCUAUCACUCUCUCUCUCCCUCUCUCUCUCAUUGCGUUUUCUGUUAUUUUUUUUUAUUUUAAUUAUUAUUAUUACUAUUAUUACCUUCACUCGCGUACAGUACGUAAAUGGGCACGACGAAAAGUCGUAAAUCAAGGCGGAAUACCUCUAGACCAACUGCCAUCUCAUUCUUGUCUGCCAUCACUCUUGGAAGCGAACACGAAAAACAAAACAAUGAACCAAAUCACUCUAGUGCAAUCGUUGAGUCAAAAGCACCAGGCGAUGAUGAAGACACGAUUAUUUCACCUGUCUCGACUCAUCCAUCAGAAAUACGAGCUUUGUCUCUUCACUCGACCGACAGCAGCUCGACAUUUGAAAGCCAGCGUCAAGUACAUAACCUCACUCUGGACACCACAGCCAGUCGCGAUACAACAAUCCCUCCACCCCUUAUAACGCCAAUUACUGGGACAACGAGCCAAUCGUUGGACUCUCAGCUACCACCCACCUCAACCGACAACAAGAGCAAAAAAAGAGGCCAACCCACCAAACAUGAGUCUUAUCACAGUACACAAACCAGAUAUUCUCAAAGUGAUCUUUCUGAAUCUGUCGAACACCACAAACUCACCCGUGAAGACAGCAAACGUCCCAUUGCAUCCGAGAAGAUCAAGAAACGAUCGACCCAGCCAAACGACAAGGACCCCGAACAAAAUGGCAUGAACAUUCUCUCUGUCUUCCGAUAUUACAGUGAUAAGAUUCGUCAUUCAACAAGCAAAAGAAAGCCCGAAGAAGAUGGAGCUGACCGUGGCUAUGUACAUCAGCAACAACUUACUAGCAAUGAUAGCUACUCUCGUCGUAAAAAGCAUUCCUAUGCACAUUUCCUACAACCAGCCAACUCACUCAAAGACGAUGAGACUAUUGAAUCCAAUAUUGGACCUGAUGAUUAUGAUCCAUUCUAUCUCGACAAUGAUCUCUAUGGAUCCUUUGGGGUUAUUUUUGGGUCAUCAACUACGCCGUUGUCUUUACGCCCAGCUGAAUUGAAGCGAGAAACAAACGAACAGUUUCGUUUAGCUCAUCCAGAAAUCAAUCCAGAGAUUACUCUCAGCAAAAUCCGUUCUAUCAAAUCUCAUUUGUUGACUAUUGGACGUGGUUUGGAUCUGGAGGUCUCAAGCAUAUCACAUGCCUAUGUUUACUUCGAGAAACUUGUAUUAAAGAAUGUCGCAACCAAAAAGAAUCGAAAAUUGCUAGCUGCGUGUUGCCUUUUUCUAGCUACCAAAGCCAAUGAGCCAAAGGGUGCCUGGCUUCAACCUUUGCUAGACGCUAUCGACGAUGAGUUAAACAUCGACUCUGAAGAAAUCAAGAAACAUGAGUUUGCAGUGUUUGCAGAUCUUGAAUUCAACCUUUUUAUUCCUCGCCGUGAAUUUAUGCCUCACUUUGAAAGAAUAUUUAAAAUUCUAGAAUACAAGAGUAUAAGAGAUUAUCUUGGAGACGAGCCGUUUUAUGAAGUGGACUAUCAAUAAUAACAAUAAUAAUAAUCUUAGUAGUAGUAGUAGUAGUAAUAAUAAUAAAAUAGAAAAGGUGAAGAUUUUUUUUUCAAAUUUCAUCAUUUCCACAUUUAGCGCCAAUAAAAUCAUCAGUGAUAAGGC